AUGGUCGACGGCGGCUUGCCCGUGCACGAGGAGGGAUUGCGCUGGGCGCGCCAGGCAGGGGCGCGCGUCGUGCGCACAGGCGUCAACAUGUCUUGUGCGAGCGCGUUCUUGGCAGUGUGUGUGGCCGAGUUCCUGUGCGUCUUGCCGUCAGUGACCAGGGCGACAGCGUUCCUCGAAGUCUUUGCUGGCUUUGGUGAUACGGCAAAGAACGUCGCUGCUGCUGGCUACAUCGCGCGCACGUUUGAGAUGAUGAAUUCACGUUUUGAGAAUGGCUGCACGGCAGUUGGUGCAUUAUACGCCAUGUAUCUCGUGGCCAGCGUGGUGCCGACAGCAAGGUCGUACUUGAUGGCGCUGGCGUCCUGCCGCUGCCUGCGCAUCACGUGCGAACAGCCCCUGAACUCGCUGUUCUACGUGCUCCCUGGCGCGCGCUCGGCCAUCAAGAUGUGCAAGCUCUCGCGGCACGUUUCUUGGAUGGGCGGAUGGGGCGGGCCCACGAUGAAGCCAGGCGAGUUCUACACUAACAUCAUGAGCGACGAGGUGCGCGCCAUCGUGAAAGGACACAGGGGGGCCGUGUCAAAGCUUGGCGCAACCAGGCGACUUGCUUUGACAACGCGGGUCGGGAAAGCAGGCAGCCAUAAGCAUUUCGUCAUCGGGCAGAAGUCGCACCUGAAGCAGUCGGCCCGCUACCCGUCUGAAUUUACUGCUGCGUUCGCAAGCCUCGUUUGUGCAGGUUUGUCUCAGCGGGCUGCUAAUGCGGCCCGCCGUGCGUAA